CUUUUACAGCCUCGUUUCAAAAAGAAACUUACUUAAGGAUAAUUUGUGAACUUGUGAAUUAUGGCUCUUACUUAUCGAAAGCUUUAUUAUUUCAAACACUAUUCAAACAUCUGUUCGCUGAGGAGGAUAUCUAAUGCUCGUCAGAUCAGAUUGUUUUGUGAUGCAGUAGGCUCAAACACAGAUGUUGGAAAAAUUGGAUCGCCAGCAGGUUUCCGACUCCCCUUUGUCAGUGUUGACACACUAACCAUUUGCAAAAGAUUCAGAGAUGCAGGUUUUGAGGAGCGUCAGGCUGAAAUAAUGACUCAGGUUCUGUAUGAUGUGAUACAGUCAUCAGUGGAGGUGCAAGGGAGAGAUAUGGUCUCAAAAACUGGGCUUGAGGUGAAGUUACAACAGCUACAGGCCCAGAUCCGGUCUGUACAGAAGGAUAUGGUGAUACUGGAGAAGAGCGAGUUUACCAUGAUCAGGAAUGACACAGAGAAACAAGGCAUCCUAAUCAAGCAUCUAGAGUCGAAACUUGAUGACGCCAUUAAAAAGCUCGAGGGGAAUGUGAAACUAGACAUCAAUCUGGAGAAAAGCCGUGCCAUAGAAGCCCAUGCCAUAAAUGAGAAGAACCUGCAGUCAUUGCUGAACAGAAUAGAAAUAGAGCACACACAGAGUGAAAAAAAUCUUCAGAGUUUGGACAAUAAAAUAGAAGUUCAGAUAUCCAUGCUUAAAACCCAGCAUGAGAAGAGCAGAAAUACUGCAAUAUACACCUUCAUAGGUAUGGCCACUACUGCCUGCUCCCUCUACUUUGCGUAUUUGAGACUGAUACACUGAUAGGAAUAAUAGCUUCUUUUUAGUCCAAUUCAGCUAAUACUGGAUGUUGUACAUUUUAAGUUAUAUUGUUGUACUACAAAGUGUGUUUACAAUCAUGGGCAACUGAUCCUGUAAUGCUCAGGAGUAUAUACCUGUUCAAACGUUAUCUCCAAAAAAUCGAAUAUAAAAUAAAAAUGUUUACGUAUAGUGUGGUUAAAUAUUCAGGUGUCUUUUUAGUAUGUUAUGCCCCCUUUAACAAGGAGGCGUAUUUGUUUGCAAAUGUUGUUUUGUUGGUUGGACUAGUGGUUGCUAGACCAUGUCUUACGGGUACAAAAACUUAGAAACUGUUUAACCUAAGAUAGUGAAAUUUCACUCAAAAGAUUACCUUGACCUGUCAUUUAUCAUUAUCACUUUAUGGGGUUAUUAAAGUUGUAAUUGGCCCAAAAAAUCAAACAAUUGAUACUAGGAUAUAAACAUGAUAGGGGGUUCUAAAGAGUAGUUUAAAAAUGGUACAAUUAAGGGAUAUCAUUUCUACCAAUGUCAUAUACAACACAAGCUUUAUUUCGACUUACGUGAAUAAUGGGUUGACAGGUGUCCGCCGCUUUUCACUAAGUCUCAAGUACGAUAUGUUUUAAGAUUUUACUUGCUUUUUGUUCUGUAUAAUUACACGACUUUUUUAUGUUUUGGAAUUUAUUUUAUACACCCAAGUUUAACACAUUUUUACACACUGUUUUGCAUUAUUUAUUUUUGUCAAUUUUAUUCUUGUGUAAGGAUUCAGCGAAAUGAUGAAAUAAAUUGUGAAAAAGU